AUGCAUACCCCCUCAUUUUCUGGACAAUAUUUACAAAAGUUUGAUUCUUGAUCACAAGAACCAUCUACCCUUUUAUUUCUUAUUCAAUUUGGGUUUGUUUCAAAUUGGGUUUUUAGUAUGCACACCACAUGUUUGAUGUUUUUCCUCUUGAGAGUAACAUUGAUGAAACAGGUGGAAUUUGAUUUGGGUUAAUAACAUUGGAUUUUUAUAUAGAUUAGGUGUUGUUUUAUAUAGAUUUUGAGAUAAUGAGCAAAGCAGUGGUGGGUGUUUUGAAGGCAGCUGAAGCAAGCAUUAAGAAAUCACCAAGUUCCGCAAGGAAAAGGGCAGUCAGCCUGUUCAAAACAAUGUCUGUUGCCCAUGUUGACGACGAGGUUAUCAUCGACGAAGAGGGUAGUCACACCGAGAAAAUAUUCUCCAACGGGGAUAUCUAUAUCGGUCAGUGGGCGACCGAUAAUUACCCUCAUGGAAAUGGCAAGUACUUAUGGCCGGACGGGUGUAUGUAUAAUGGUGAAUGGUGUAGAGGAAGGAUUGUCGGAAAGGGUCGGUUCAGCUGGCCUUCGGGUGCAACAUACGAGGGCCAGUUCAAGAACAGUUAUAUGGACGGUGAGGGUACGUUUACGGGUUCGUUAAUGGAUAGUUAUAAAGGUUCAUGGGUUAUGAACCGGAAGCAAGGAAAAGGGACCAUGAGUUACGCUAACGGCGAUCGAUACGAGGGGGAGUGGAAACGGGGGUUUAACGAUGGGCAGGGGAAGUACCAUUGGAAUAACGGUCAUCAGUAUAUAGGCCAAUGGAAGAAUGGGAAGAUGAACGGAAAUGGGACGAUGAUAUGGGCUAAUGGGAAUCGGUACGACGGGUGUUGGGAAGAGGGGUUACCGAAAGGGAACGGUACGUUUCAUUGGCAAGACGGGAGUUUCUACACGGGUGUAUGGAGUCAGGAUCAAAAGGAGCAAAGCGGGAAGUUUUAUCCCGCCAAUUCGAUCAAUCCGCAUGAAGAUUGGGAUCCUAGUCAGCUUUUUUCGGUUGACAUGGGUGAUUGUUUGGUUUGUGAAGGUGAGAACAUUUCAGAUUUUCCUUCGGAUAAGGUGUUUUUGUGGUCUAGCGGCGACGAGAAGCCACCGCCCAGGAAGAAUUCGAGUAGCAGAAUGUCGGUUGAUGGAAGUUCUAGGAGUGUAAUAUUUCGUAAGUCACUUAAGACGACGUUACAGCCUGCGAAACGACAAGGUGAGACGAUAUGCAAAGGUCAUAAGAAUUAUGAACUUAUGCUUAACCUACAGCUCGGUAUAAGACAUGCUGUAGGAAGGCCCGCUCCAACGAAAUCGCUUAAACUUAAGCCGACAGCUUUCGACACGCGACAAAAGUUAUGGACGAAAUUUCCGCCAGAGGGAUCGAAGAAUACUCCACCUCACCAAUCAUGUGAAUUUAAAUGGAAAGAUUAUUGCCCAUUGGUUUUCAGGACUCUUAGGAAACUAUUUAAUGUGGAUCCAGCUGAUUACAUGAUAUCUAUAUGUGGAAACGAUGCUCUUCGGGAGCUCUCUUCCCCUGGAAAAAGUGGUAGCUUCUUUUAUUUGACCCAUGACGACAAGUACAUGAUCAAGACAAUGAAGAAAUCAGAAGUCAAAGUUCUAAAAAGAAUGCUUCCAGCAUAUUAUGACCAUGUUAAAUCCUUUGAGAACACGCUCGUUACAAAGUUUUUCGGUCUUCAUUGCGUGAAGUUGAGUGGACCUAUACAAAAGAAGGUUCGGUUUGUUAUCAUGGGAAAUUUGUUGUGUACCGAGGUCCCUAUUCACAAACGGUACGACUUGAAAGGGUCUUCCCAUGGGCGAAUAACGGAUAAACCUGAAACGGAAAUUGAUGCAAACACCACACUCAAGGACCUUGAUCUCAAAUUUAUCUUUCGGUUGCGCAAAGAUUGGUUUGAGGAGUUCUGCAGUCAAGUAAACAAGGAUUGUGAUUUUCUUGAGCAAGAGAGAAUUAUGGAUUAUAGUCUCUUGGUUGGUAUCAGCUUUAAAGAAAGUAAUAGGGGAGCAGUCGAGGGGGGAGCUGAACUUGAUGGCCCAGGAACAACUCCUAAACUAUCAACUGACACGAGUGUCGUUCUCAAUCCUGCACGGUGGGCGCCUGUACGACUAGGCAUUAACAUGCCAUCGCGGGUUGAACUCACAGUCAGAAGUAAUGAAACUCAGCUAAUCGGGGAACCAACCGGAGAAUUCAGUGAUGUCGUUCUGUUCUUUGGUAUAAUAGAUAUAUUGCAAGAUUAUGACAUAAGUAAGAAGCUUGAACAUGCAUAUAAAUCAUUCCAAUAUGACGCGACCUCCAUCUCAGCUGUCGACCCUAAAGUGUAUUCUAAACGGUUUAAGGAUUUUAUGUUUAGAGUUUUCGCAGAUGACAGCUAAAAUUUACAUGAUCCUGCUCAUGUUUUUUAGGGUAAGAGCCAAAUGUACAGCGGAUCACCACCGGUUGUAACUUUUGUAGAUUAGGUAGUUGUUAGAGGUUACAAAAGUUGUAAGUUAUUUUAUAUGAAAUUGUGUUGCUAGUUUCAGUGUAGCAGUUUUUGUUGGUUAUGAAUCAACUGUAGAAUUUUGUA